AUGUCAUUGGCCGAUACGGUUGACCCGAUUCGGAGCAUCGACGCCCUCGAUGUUCUCCCGCUGCCAACUCGCAUGCGGAUGCUUGAGGACUGCCUUGACGCUGGCCUCAAGUACUCCUCUGAGAUUGCCAAGCUUAUUGACCAGGCAGUUCCAGGGACGGAUGAUGUUGAUGAAGACGGCACUGAUGCGGAGGCACUCGGGAGAGCGAAUCUCAAGCAGUGGCUUAAGGACGCAGACGAAAUUAACGACGGACACAAGCAAUUUGAGAUCCUCGUUGGCGUACAGGGAAAGACUGGAGCGGGAAAGACAUCUUUGCUAAAUGCACUCCUCGGAUACAAGGACCUCCUACCGCCCAACGACGCUCUCGUUGCCACAGCUGCAAUUUGUCAGGUUGCCUAUAACUAUUCCGACGAUCCGAAGAAGGCCUUUCGUGCGGAAAUUACAUUUCGCAAGCUCUUGGAUGUCAAACAUGAGCUGAACCAAUUUUUCCAAGACAUCAAGUUGCGGGACCAGCUGUUGAAUGGCAGGGGAGAAUAUGAAGAAGAUGACGAUGACAGAGACGGCUCUGACGACAGUGACAUUGGGGAGAUUACCGAAAGAAUCAAUGCCACUGCCGAAAAGAUCGGACCUGUUUGGGGUUACACUCGGAUCGAACUGGAGAGCAAGUCCACGCAGGAUCUUCUGGCCAAGACUGAUCCAGCAGUGAAGCUGCUCAGCACAACAAAAACAAUCAAUGCUGCGGAUCUUGAGACUUUUGCACCAGCGGUGAAGCCGUACCUAGAUGCGACGACGACGGAGAUUACGGGGAGAGCGGGCGCUGAGACCCGUGAAAUGGCCGUCUGGCCUUUGAUUGACCACGUCAAAGUUUAUGUCAAGUCGGAAGUCCUCCGUGGAGGAAUCGUCUUAGUCGAUUUGCCAGGCCUUGGUGAAAUCGUGGAGACCCGAGCGGCCGUCGCCAGGAAGUUUUACAACAAAUUGACAGUGUCCAUUGUCGUCACACCUUCUGUCCGAGCAGCCGGUGAAAAGACAGCGGUUAACCUGAUGACAGAGAACCAGGAGAUAAACAUGCGAAUGAGUGGAAAGCUCGACGACCAUGGUUACUGCAUCGUGCUUUCUAAGGCCGACGAUGGUGUUGACUGGGAGACUACAGCACGAAACGAGAAAAGGCAGAAGGAUAUUAAAAUGGUCAGAGACCUGAGAAAGAAGUUCAAUGCUGAAGACACCGCCCUGAAACAACUUCGGCCUCAGAUCAACAAAGUUCUCGGUUCCGUGAAACCGAACACGAAGGUCAGCGUAGAGGAAAAAAGGAAUAGGCUCGAGGAGUUGAGAAAGCUGUACGACAAAAGAAAAUGUCAUCUGAAGCGCCAGAGAGAGCUCAAAUGCGAGAAAAAGAGGGCACACUGGGGACAGGUUUUCACGGCAGUCCAAUCUCGAAGCGCCCUCUUAGCAAUCGAGAUCAACCGUUAUCUCAAAGAUCGACAUGCUAUUUUUAUGAAGAGCUGUCCUGGUGCGCAAGCACCCUUCUGUCCGCCGAAGAUAUUUCCCGUCAGCGUCAGGGCGUACUGGCCGUUGCAGAGGAAAAUCGAGGAUGACCCCGAUGCAAUCUCCGAAGACCCCAUUAUGGGUUUUCCUGAGGAAGCCUACACAGGCAUUCCAGCUCUUAAAGGCUGGUUGUACGAGGCCACGAUUCCACAGAGGGAGCGCCAUAUGAAGGCGCUCCUCCACAGACUUAUUGGCCUCUACUAUAACCUACAGACAUGGUCUGAUAAGGAAUGCGAGAGAAUCAAACUGCACAUGACGCCGGAUGAGUUGCGGGAAGAGUAUCUAGACGGAGAGUACAGGCUGCUGGAGAAGAAACUCGGAGCUUACAAGAAGAAACUUUCCAAACAAGUUUCUGACUGCAACCCCCUCAAAGACACCAACGAAGCAAUGGACACUUGCAUCAAGCAAUGUGUCGACCAUGUGAAAAAUUGGGUUUACAAAGACCCUGAAGGCGAGAACCCGCAUAAGAAACUCCACUACGGCACAUUUCUUGCCAUUAUCAAAGCUGGCGGCGGCGUCUUUUGCAGCCGCGCUGGGGGCCAGAAAAAGACGUUCGACUGGAUGGAAGGGCUCUCCCACCUUUUCAAGAAUCAGAUUUGCUCCCAAUGGGUACAUUCUCUCCAUGAACAACUUCCUCUUCUCGAAGGCUCCGCGCUUGUCGAACUUGACGCCAGAUGGGACCACCGCAUUAACACUAUCCUCACCGUUCUCAAGAAGCAAUUCCCUAGGCAGAAGGAUUACCUAGCGUCCAAGGUCCCCAGCCUGAAAAUCAUCAAGGAGCAGGUUAAAGAUCAAGUUGCUCAAGCACUCCACGACGUCGCUAUCAAUGCUGAUGAUGUGCACAAGGAGCUAGCGGUUGAUAUCAAGGCCAAAUGGAAGACGACGUUCAAGAGAGCCUCAGACCCGAAGCUCAAGGGAAAAGGGACCAUGGAAAAGCGGCAUAAGAUAUUGAGAGCGUUCUCUACUCAUAAAGACAACAAGACGUACAAGGAUGCGGUGGCCAAGUUGAAGAAGGUAGUGGCCGAGGAGGUUAACAAAUUUCCGAAGCGACUGGAAACGAUUUGGAUGAUAGGAUUGGCGAAGUUAAAGGCUGAGGUCAGUCUUAUCAUGGACAAUAUCGUCGAGUAUGAGAAGGAGCAGGUUGAUGAUAGCAUGGAAGGCUUGGAGGGCGACGGCAGCGAAAUCAACGAAGCCGGCGUCUCGGAGGAGUUGAGGAAACAGAAGAUUGGCUUGCAAGAGAAAAUCAGGCCGAUGCUCAAUCGAUGGUAUUUUGCGUGGGACAUGAGCCCGGGUGAUGUUCUCAUGCACGAUGUGGAGGAACUGGAUCAGGAUGAGGGUGCGAAGACGGGUUGUGUGAAGGAGAGCGAGAUCCCAACAAUUUUCAGCUUGGGAGCUUUGGUGAAUGACGGAGACGAUACAAUGGCGGAGGAUUCGUUUGAUUCGAUUAUUGAACUUCAUCUCAAUUCUGGUUUAGUGGAGGAUAGCACGAAGAUCAAGGAGGAAAUUGUUGACUCGGAUUGA